AAGCGGAGCCGAGUGUGUCCGAAAGAAUCCGAAGAGGGCCGAACUUGGACGACGCCCCAGCUAGGAAACAGUUCGUGUGUUGCCUAUCAACCGCUCAUACACCGGCCCGACCCACCACAGCCAUGCUAGGGCUUGUUGAGUAUCAGUGUCGUACAGAUGAGACACUAACUGAAUGAUGGACUGAUCUUCGGCAUUUUGUUUUUCCCAACACUAUUAAAUCGUUCUGAGGACACACUAAACUGGAAUUCGGAGACUGUCACGGUUAUUUGGGGAUUACAGAAGUAGCUAGCCGAAAGCUACGUUGGCUUUGACCACCGCGGCCAGGUGGAGUUUCAUUAUGCAGCAGUACUGAGGAUGCUGAUUGUCUUAGCUUUGCUCGUGAUGGCUGUGACCGGUGAAGCUGAGGUCUGCACAGGCUCUGACAACUGCACCAUCCACAAUGACCCCAAGGACUUUUGCUAUUCUGCCCGGAUCCGCAGCACCGUGCUCCAGGGCCUGCCUUUCGGAGGAGUGCCCACCGUACUCGCCCUUGACUUCAUGUGCUUCUUGGUGCUGCUAUGUGUGUUCUCUGUCUUGAGGAAGGUGGCGUUUGAUUAUGGCCGUCUUGCAUUGGUCUCUGAUGCUGACAGCCGUAGGCAGAAUCAGGACUAUCAACGUCUGGACGAGCAGGAAUAUGUGGCCUCCGCCAUGCAGACGCCUGCUGACUCCCGGUACGAGCGUCUCACCUCUGUGUCCAGCUCAGUCGACUUUGACCAAAGGGACAAUGGCUUCUGUGCCUGGCUAACCGCCAUCUUCAGGAUAAAAGAUGACGAGAUCAGGGAGAAGUGUGGUGAGGAUGCCGUGCACUACCUCUCAUUCCAGCGGCACAUCAUUGGUCUGUUGGUAGUGGUGGGCGUGCUCUCCGUGGGCAUCGUCCUGCCCGUCAACUUCUCAGGAAACCUAUUAGAAAAUAAUGCCUACAGUUUUGGGCGAACUACAAUAGCCAACUUAAAAUCUGGUAAUAACCUGCUAUGGCUGCACACUACAUUUGCCUUCUUAUAUCUGUUACUGACUGUGUACAGCAUGAGGAGACACACAUCAAAGAUGCACUACAAAGAGGAUGACUUGGUGAAACGCACUUUAUUCAUUAACGGGAUCGCAAAAUAUGCAGAGGAGAGUCAAAUAAAGCAGCAUUUCGAGAAAGCCUAUGAAAACUGUGUGGUUCUGGAUGCUCGCAUUUGUUACGACGUUGCCAAGCUUAUGUCCCUGGAGUCUGAAAGGAAAAAGGCAGAACGCAGCAAAAAGUUCUAAGACCUGAUGGCCAAGGAGUACAUCCCCACUAUGAUUAAUACCAAACCCUGCGGCCACCUCUGCUGCUGCAUCAUCGAGGGCUGUGAGCAGGAAGAGGCUGUGAACUACUACACUAAGCUAGAGGCCAAGCUGAAGGAAGAAUACAGAAAAGAACGAGAAAAAGUCAACACUAAACCUCUGGGAAUGGCUUUUGUGACCUUCCAGAAUGAAGCAAUGACUUCCCUCAUCCUGAAAGAUUUUAACGCGUGUCAGUGUCAGGGCUGUCACUGUCGACGAGAGCCAAAGUCCUCCCCCUUCAGCAGCCUUCUCAACACGUACAACUGGACAGUCACAUAUGCUCCAGAUCCACAGAACGUUUACUGGGAGCAUUUGUCCACUGGUGGCCUCAACUGGUGGCUCCGCUGCUUCAUCAUCAACUGCUUUCUCUUCCUCUUGCUCUUCUUCCUCACCACCCCUGCCAUCAUCAUCUCCACCAUGGACAAGUUCAACGUCACCAAACCCGUGGAGUACCUGAACAACCCCAUCGUCACUCAGUUCUUCCCCACCCUGCUGUUGUGGUGCUUCUCAGCCCUUCUCCCCACCAUCGUCUACUACUCCGCCUUCUUUGAGGCCCACUGGACACGAUCUGGGGAGAACAGAACAACCAUGCACAAGUGCUACACCUUCCUCAUCUUUAUGGUUCUGCUGCUGCCAUCUCUAGGACUGAGCAGUUUGGAUGUUUUCUUCCGCUGGCUCUUUGACAAGAAAUUCCUCGACGAGGCAAAAGUCCGAUUCGAGUGUGUCUUCCUUCCAGAUAAUGGAGCUUUCUUUGUGAACUAUGUCAUUGCGUCUGCCUUCAUUGGUAACGCCAUGGACCUGUUGCGCAUUCCUUAUUUUCUUAUGUACAUGAUCCGGCUGUGUCUGGCACGUUCAGCUGCCGAGAGGCGCAACGUGAAGAAGCAUCAAGCUUACGAGUUCCAGUUUGGAGCUGCGUACGCCUGGAUGAUGAACGUCUUUACUGUGGUCAUGACUUACAGCAUCACCUGUCCAAUUAUUGUACCAUUUGGACUGAUGUACAUGCUACUGAAGCACCUGGUGGACAGGUAUAACAUGUAUUAUGCGUACCUGCCCUCCAAACUGGAUAAGAAAAUCCACUCUGGAGCUGUCAACCAGGUGGUGGCAGCACCCAUCCUCUGCCUUUUCUGGCUGCUCUUCUUCUCUACUGUCCGUACAGGUUUUGUUGCUCCAACAUCGAUGUUUACCUUUGUGGUUCUGAUCAUCACCAUCAUCAUUUGCCUCUCCCAUGUCGUCUUCGGUCACUUCAAAUACCUCAGUGCGCACAAUUACAAGAUCGAAAUGGACGGUGUAGACAAUGGACGACAACCAGAUUCAUCUCCACCUGUCAAGUCUGUUCAGACGUAUGUCGCCCAAGUGCUACAAGACCCAAACACAGACGAGACGGGAAGCGGUGAGGAAGAGGGGCAGGGGAUGUCGCAAGAUGAGGAGGGGGUAAAUGAUGGUGAUUUCCAAUCAGGAGAGGACAGCCUUAUUGAGAACGAGGUGCACCAGUGACCAAGGCAGGGCCACGCCACAUGCUGAACUUGGCAGGAUUUUAACAUGACCAAACAAGAGAUCCACUACACCACUACACCUCACUUCACUUACAGAGCGUGUGAAUCCAUCACAGCUGACAGCUAAAACACUCCUUUAUCAUUGAGGCUUGGAGACAGGAUGGCCAGUUGUCAAGAAUUUGGAGUGGCUUGUGAUUGUACUCCACCUAUAUGAAACAGAGUUUCACCAUUCUUCUUUACAUUGGUUACCCUGUUUGUACGGUGUUUGGUAGAUACAGAGUUUCUUUGCCGUUACAAGCACAUGUCUAGUAAAUAAGACCAAAAACAGUAACAAUUACUCAUAAUUUCCAAUUAAGAUUUCCAUUUACCUAUGUUAAUAUGAUGAAUUAAAACAGCUCUAGUGCUAUCUCAAGAAAGCAGGAAAAUUGCAUAUUUGGGUGGAUUUCACAUAUACGCUUAGUCAGAUUUCACCUCCAAAUAUUUUGCAUUAAGAAAAUAUUAAAAAUUUCUUCUUAGGAAAUGAGCUACGAAU